CUGGUGAGCCUGUUUAUAUCUCUCGAGUUGAUUGCGCAAUUAUAAGUGCUUCAAAAGUUAUCUUGGAACCGCUUGGAGUUAUAGAUUUUCCAAUUGAUCAGUUUCUGAAUAUACUUGCAAAGGAAAUCCUGAGUAU